CGGGCCUGGGCCCCGCCUCUUUCCCCUCCCCAGGUGCUCUGGUGUGGACUGGAGGCGCCGGCCCCGGCGGAUUCACUGGAGCACGGACGCUGCGGCCGGUUGGGCCGGUGCCCUUUCCCGCUCUGGGAAGGAAGAGAGAUGGAAUUGAAAAGGUUGAGCGUUUCCUGGCAAUUCUUGAUAGUCCUCGUUCUGAUCCUGCAAAGCCUGUCUGCGUUGGAUUUUGACCCAUACAGAGUCCUAGGGGUCAGCCGCACAGCCAGUCAGGCGGACAUUAAAAAGGCAUAUAAGAAGCUCGCUCGGGAAUGGCAUCCUGACAAAAACAAAGACCCUGGAGCAGAGGACAAGUUCAUUCAGAUCAGCAAGGCUUAUGAGAUUCUGUCCAAUGAGGAGAAGAGGACAAACUAUGACCACUACGGUGAUGCGGGUGAGAACCAAGGCUACCAGCAGCAGCGCGAGUACCGCUUCCGCCAUUUCCAUGAGAACUUCUAUUUUGAUGAAUCCUUUUUUCACUUCCCUUUCAAUUCUGAGCGGCGGGACUCAAUCGAUGAGAAGUACUUGUUGCACUUUUCACACUACGUGAAUGAAGUGGUUCCUGACAGCUUCAAAAAACCCUACCUCAUUAAGAUCACGUCGGAUUGGUGCUUUAGCUGUAUCCACAUCGAGCCUGUCUGGAAGGAAGUGGUCCAGGAACUGGAAGGACUGGGUGUGGGGAUUGGUGUCGUCCAUGCUGGGUACGAAAGACGCCUGGCCCAUCACCUGGGAGCACACAGCACCCCCUCCAUCCUAGGAAUCAUCAAUGGGAAGAUCUCCUUCUUCCACAAUGCGGUGGUUCAUGAGAACCUACGGCAGUUCGUGGAGAGCCUUCUUCCAGGGAACUUGGUGGAGAAGGUCACAAAUAAAAAUUAUGUGCGGUUCCUCUCUGGCUGGCAGCAGGAGAAUAAGCCACAUGCCCUCCUGUUCGGCCAGACACCAGCAGCGCCACUGUUGUACAAGCUGACGGCCUUUGCAUACAAAGAUUAUGUGUCAUUUGGAUAUGUGUAUGUGGGCUUGAGAGGUGUGGAGGAGAUGACCAGGCAGUACAACGUCAACAUCUAUGCCCCCACCAUGCUGAUCUUCAAAGAGCAUAUCAACAAGCCUGCCGAUGUGAUCCAGGCUCGGGGGCUGAAGAAGCAGGUCAUCGAGGACUUCAUCACCCAAAACAAGUACCUGCUGGCGUCCCGGCUCACCAGCCAGAAGUUGUUCCAUGAACUCUGCCCCGUAAAGCGGUCUCACCGACAGAGAAAAUACUGCGUGGUUCUGCUGACAGCUGAGGCUAACAAACUAAGUAAACCCUUUGACGCCUUCCUGUCAUUUGCACUGGCAAAUACUCAAGACACGGUGCGCUUUGUGCACGUCUACAGCAGCCGGCAGCAGGAGUUUGCCAGCACCUUGCUACCGGACAUCGAAGCAUUCCAAGGGAAGUCAGGGGUAUCCAUCUUGGAAAGGCGGAACACAGCAGGGAGGGUGGUGUUUAAAACCCUGGAAGACCCCUGGACUGGCAGUGAGAGCGAUAAGUUCGUCCUUUUGGGUUAUCUUGAUCAGCUGCGGAAAGAUCCAGCAUUUCUGUCCUCAGAAGCGGUGCUCCCUGACCUGACUGAUGAACUGGCUCCUGUGUUUCUCCUCCGGUGGCUCUACUCUGUGUCUGACUACCUCUCGGACUUCUGGGAGAGCCUGCUGCACAGUAACUGGCGGGAGAUGAUGCCCUUGCUGUCCCUCAUCUUCUCAGCCCUCUUCAUCCUGUUCGGCACUGUCAUCGUCCAGGCUUUCAGUGACUCAAAUGAGGAGCGGGAGUCGCACCCUCCGGAUAAAGAGGAAGUCCCUGAGAAGGCUGGGAAGACUGAGCCGAGCUUCACCAAAGAGAGCAGCAGCAAAAUUCCUAAAAAAGGCUUUGUGGAGGUGACUGAACUCACAGAUGUGACGUACACCAGCAAUUUGGUACGCCUGAGGCCCGGUCACAUGAAUGUGGUCCUCAUCCUGUCCAAUUCCACCAAGACAAGCCUGCUGCAGAAGUUUGCUUUGGAAGUCUACACAUUCACCGGGAGCAGCAGCCUCCACUUCUCCUUCCUGACCCUAGACAAACACCGGGAGUGGCUGGAGUAUUUGCUAGAGUUUGCUCAGGAUGCAGCUCCGAUCCCAAACCAGUAUGAUAAGCACUUUAUGGAACGAGACUACACUGGCUAUGUGCUGGCCCUGAAUGGCCACAAGAAGUAUUUCUGCCUUUUCAAGCCACUAAAGACCGUGGAUGAGGAGACUGUGGGCUCCUGUGACCUUGACUCCUCCCGAGGGAAGCCACCCUGUGGCCUUGGGCCCAAGCCCCUCAAAGGCAAGCUGAGCAAGCUGUCGCUGUGGAUGGAGCGCCUGCUGGAAGGCUCCUUGCAGAGGUUCUACAUCCCAUCGUGGCCUGAGCUGGACUGAGCCGAGGGCUCUUCGGAUUGUAGCGUGCCCCAGGGACAGGGUUUUCCAGAGAGUCUCGAUUUUAGAUUCUUCUUCUAGAGCAGUGGCUAGAAGACCUUUCCUUUGUCACCUAGGAGUAAAGCGCACCACAGGUUUGACCCCCAGAUGAAAAUCUUCCCCUUUGGGUUUUCUUGCCCCUGAUGAAUGCCGCACUACUUAAAUAGACUGCCCAGCCCCUCUUUGCUGUCCCUGUAAUGUGCUCGCACCCCCGUCCUACAUUGGAGACACCCAGGGCUUGACCCUGAGCCGUGCCUGGACAAACCUCAGGAUCUUCAUGAGCUGCCAUAUGGGGUGGGUCACUCACCUCUCCCCCGCCCCUGCCGCAGGCUCCUGCUAGCCCCUGCUUAGCCUCUGCCAAGGUGCGUGCUCUCAACACAGGACAGCCCACCACAGCUUCUAGGUCCUCCGUCUUCAAAAGAGGCCUUGUGUGUAAGCAGUUUUCCAUGUGACUCUGCUUCUGGCGCAAGCAUUGAAAAGUAUAUUUUGGGGGUAUCCCCCACAACAAUUGGCCAACCAUGGUUUUGAGAAGAAAGGGGUGAGCAGGGGGGUAAGGGUACAGCAUUCACAUUUGGUCUCCCCACCGAGAGGGAGGGUGAGCACUGGCUGGAGGUGCACAGCCCUGUGAUCCUGUGAGUUUCCCUGUUCCUGACCCCUUCCCUCACAGCACUCCCUGUCAGCACCACCACAGCCAGGGCUGUCUGCCUCACCAGCGCUGGAAUGACUGAGCUGCUGACCUGUCUCCAGAUGCCUUUUUGCCUCUGGAUUUUAGAGUUCGAUACUAGGAGCCAUAUCCUGUGACCUUGUCCUCUGAGCGUAGAUAAGCUGCUAUAGAGCCAGUAGAUUUAAGGUGGCAGUACUUACUCCUCCCGCCAAGAGCUGGGUGCAGGAGCCCUGCCUGCCUCGCUCUACAAGGAGAACUAACGCCAGGCGUGUCUUCAUACCAAGGAACCUGACCUCUCUGACAAUUGCAUUUGAACAUUGUUGUCCCCAAAGAGCUCAAUCUUCAAGUCGUCUCUUGUGACUGAGCGGAGACUUGUGUGGACUCCUGUCCAGUAGGCAGCUAGCUUCUGGCGUCUCUGCUUUAUCGCUUCUCCUUCCCUCAUGCUGCUUUCCCGCCGCCUGACCAGACCUGGCAGCUCCAGCUUGCCCGGCUCCACGCACCUUGGGCUCAGGGCCGGAUCAUGCUCGCCCACUCAAGGGCGCACCCUUUGUUUUUAGAGCCAAACCAUGAGGAGAGUUUGGACAACUGUCACACAUGGUGUGUUCUACUGUCAAGCAAGUGCCCUUUUGUACAGUGAAGGGCACGAAUCAGGGACCGGACAUUCACUCAGUGAGUAUUUUCCUGUUGUAAUUGCUUUGAACCAAGCACCUCGGAUCCUGACUACUUUAAACACUGAGCUCCAGUGGUAAGUGAUAAAUUAUUUGAACCCAGGAACUGUAGUUUCCAGAGUCUUUAGCUUUAUUAAAAAAUAAAGAAAACACUGCCAGGCUUCAUUCUUCCACCUGACCCUCUAGAAGUACAUGCCGAUUCCAGAUGCGCUGCUCAUGCGCCUGCCCCGCAGGAGGGGGACGGCAGCCUCAGCCCCUCUGCCCAGUCCUCAGAAUGCGUUUCUGGGGGCUGAGGGUGAGCAGGGUGGAGCACUGAGUCCCACCCCAAGUAUCACACACACAGUGAUUUUUCUUCCUGUGUUUAUGACUGGGCUCCUCUUAGGAGACUUGGUGAUAGAUUUUUGUCUUUACGUUCGUUUCUGGAACUGGUGAAAUCCCUUGACAUGUCAUUUCUGAAAACCAAAAGGUCCCCGGAUGUUUGUGCUUUUCUCAAAACUGUACCAUGAAGAUAAAAUGUCUUUCCAUUCGAGGGGCAGAGAGGAGCAGGGAUGGCAUUGACAGAAAUCCCUGCAGUCCUGAUGGCCACGGGGUAUCCAAGGACACCAUGGGGCUUUGAUUGGUUGCUUGCUUGGUUCCUUGCUUGCUUUAAAACAAGGGUCUGACUACGUAGCCCAGGCUGGCCUCCAACUCAAGGCCCUCCUGCCUCAGCUUCCCAAUUACUGGGAUUGCAGGUGUGCACCACAAGUCUGCCUUUGACAGACACAGCCUUUCCUCCUGAAUGUGUUUCUAUGAAUUGUUUAUUUUCGUGUCAAAUAUGAGCUAUAUUUAUGCUCAGCCAAAUGCCAAGGUUUCUCGUCCUAAUGAAUGUAGUCUUCACAGGACCUGAUUUCAGUUCAGAUACUGCUGUGUGAGGAGUGGGUAUCUGCUCAAGGCAGCCUGUGAGUCGUGUUCAGUAGCUGGGGUGAAAGUCCAGUCAGUCUGUGGGAUGCCCUCUCCCUGCCACUUGGGAUCAACUGCGGUUGGCCUAACCCACGUUGAUAAGCUCCAGAGAGAGACAUUAGAGGAGACUGCUCUCCUGUCACCUGCUAAUACCCAAAAUAGUUCUCUUGUUGUUUUCAGAAGGGUCAGUCUCCUCAUCUGCAGUCACCACCGGUAUGUUUCUAAGAAAAUAGAUCCGAGCCAUCUGCUUCGCUUGGUAGGGACUGGAAGCAAGCGCCCAGCAUCUCUGGUUUGGCUUGGUUUGGGUUUUCAAAGUAGAGGCGCAUCUGAGGCUGAAGCUCAGUGGGGAAAACACUUGCCUGUGGAGUGUGAGUCUCUGGCUUGAUCCACAGUGAUGAGGGGGAUUUGGGUACCAUCCCUUAAUUGCAUGGAGCCAGAUGUGGGGUCCAUGCCUGGAAUCCCAGCACUCAGGAAGCAGAGACCGGAAGCAAAGUCAGGACUUGGAGGUAAUCCUCAGCAUGAGCAGGCAGAACCGGCAUGGGCUAUGAGACCGGGGCUCGGGGUGUUAGAAGACCUGUGUAGCACGUGUGAGGCACUGUGUUCUUUAAUCCUAGCUCCAUAAAAUAAGUAAACAAGUAACUCGUUGAGUAAGAGGAGGAUGCAGAUGAAAUAUCAUUUGUGUCCAUGUGCCCUUGAAACAAUGGCGGGACGGAAUCUGUUGUCAUUCGUUAGAAAGGAUAGCUGUACCUGGAGACAGAGCUGAGAGGAAGGUGGAUAUUUUGCACUUUUGAUAUUACUAAGAACAAAUAAUUUAUUUGGCAAAUUGUGUCUUUUAUGUUUUAUGUUUUUCCUUUUCAGUUUUGUUUGGUUUUGUUUUUGUAUUGUGAACAGGCACUAAAGCUAAUGUUAUUUUUGUUUUAAGAAUAUUGCAGACUGGAAACAAAUAAACUAUUUUAAUGUGUGAUGGCUCUGGGG